AAAGAUGAGAUAGACUGGCAAUUGAUUUUUGUAAAAAACCGCUAGAAAAUUUAAAAAUUUCAGUACUUUCAUAGUAUUAUUAUUUUAUCCAAGAUGUCUCUUCAACGUACUCGCCCAAUAGAUACAUUGCAACGAAUAAUGUCCUCCUUUAAGCACUUUGAGAAAAAAUUGGAUAAACUACAAGAUGAUGUCAAUUUCCAUGGACAUACAUUGACGGAGCUUCGUGUUAUGGUUGCUAAUCUUUCUGGCGGUAUGUUGAAUUCCGAUUUAAAACAUCAAGACAAUAUAAAAAGAUCCCCCGUAAAACAAACGACGGCUAUUCAACCCGAUGACCAGUUCAACACAGAAAAUAUGCCAUUUAAGACUAAAAGGAAAAGUCUGAUACAGCCACUAACUGGCACUAAAAUGCAAGCGAAAAGUUUCUCCGGUCAAAAAUAUGGGGGAAAGCCUUCGAAAGAAGUACAUCCAUUCGUAAAUAAGUUACCAUCUAAUCCUAAAACCGGCUUAGGAUCAAAGCGAUCCGGUAGACAUAGAAAAGGAGAAGCACCACGAAAAGCUACUACAUUGAGAUCUCAAAAGGAAAUUGUUAAAAAACGAAGCAAAGUAACCAAAAAUAUAUUUUUAUAAAUUUGUUUAUGUUUGUUGCAUCAAAAAUUUGAAAUACUGUUCUAAGAACAAUAUACUUACAAAUCUU